CUUUACGUGACUGUUUUUUUAGGUGUGAAAUUCUUGACUUCAGGCCGUACAGCUUUCUUUCUCCAUACCAAGCAAUUUGCAAGAAUGGUUCGUCAAUCUGUCCUCUCCGACUGUUUGAACAACAUCGUUAACGCUGAGCGUCGUGGACGUCGUCAAGUGCUUAUCCGUCCUUCCUCCAAGGUCAUCGUCAAGUUCUUGACUGUCAUGCAAAAGCAUGGUUACAUUGACGAAUUCGAGGAGAUUGAUGACCAUCGUUCUGGCAAGAUUGUUAUUCAAUUGAACGGUCGUAUCAACAAGUGUGGUGUUAUCUCUCCCCGCUUCAACAUUAAGCUCAAGGAUAUUGAGAAGUGGGUCAACAACCUCUUGCCCUCUCGUCAAGUCGGUAUCAUUGUUUUGACCACCUCCCGUGGUAUCAUGUCUCACAACGAAGCUCGUGCCAAGGAUACUGGUGGUAAGAUCCUCGGUUUCUUCUACUAGACUCAGUAGCCGUUCUUUG